AUGGAUACACCGCACACCCGAGCCAUCGAGGCUCUACAACCGUUUAUUCACCUUGCCAACUCCAACAGCGCCACCUCCCCGCGCUUUGUCGCCAACAUAAUCACAAAUGCCACCUCCAGCCCACACACUUACGUCUUCGGCGAGCUGCUGGAGACACCCACCAUCCAAUCCCUAAGCUCACCCAACACACCAGCAGAGUACAAGAGCUACCUCAAGCUCCUUGAGAUCUUCGCCUGGGGAACAUGGAAAGACUACGAAUCAACCCCCAACCUCCCAAAACUAAGCUUUGAACAAGCACAAAAACUCCGCAUUCUCUCGCUCAUCACUCUCGCAACAACAAUCAAACCCCUCACCUACUCAACUCUCAUGUCCGAACUUUCCCUCUCCACACCCGGUGACCUCGAAUCCCUAGUUACAACAGCCAUCUACAGCUCCCUGAUUACUGCGCGCUUGUCACCCGCCACUUCACCGGCCACUAUCAAUGUGACAUCCGUCGCGCCGCUGCGGGAUGUACAGCCGGAGUCCCUACCGCAAAUUGUUAGUCAUCUUACCGAGUGGCAGCAGCGGUGCGCGGAUGUGGUUAGUAGUUUGGAGGCAGAGAUUCAAGCUGUGAGGGAUAAUGCGACCAAGCGAGCCGUGUCCGAAGCAACGCAGAAUCGAUUGUUUGAGGAGGCGAUUCAGAAGCGCAAGGCGGCUGCGGCUGCGGCUGCAAGCGGAGGAGGUGGAUCGGGGAAUGCGGGCGGAGCUGGAGGGUCUAGACGGCGUGGGCGAAGGGGAUUUUGGGGGAUGGGUAAUAAGCGGGAGGCUGAGGAUAUUGAUAAUGAUGAUGGGUUCUUUGAUGCUGGAGACGGGAUGGAUAUCGACGAGGGUGCUGGGGCUGGAGCUGGCUCUGGACGGGGGCUUGGCAGUCGGACGAAGAGGAUACUGGGACGCCAGGGAUGA